ACCUACGUAGGGUUAGAUGUCUUCGGACCCUGGGAAGUCGUCACCCGACGGACACGAGGUGGUAGUGCGAACAGUAAGAGAUGGGCAGUUCUGUUCACGUGCAUGUCCACAAGAGCAGUUCACAUAGAGGUGAUUGAGACAAUGAGUGCCUCAAGCUGCAUCAAUGCCCUCCGCAGGUUUUUCGCAAUUAGGGGACCAGCGAGACAGUUACGUUCCGAUCGAGGAACCAACUUUGUGGGUGCCAACUCCAACUUGGACGCUGCUAUGGAAGCUGAGGAAGAAAGUGUGAAUACUUACCUGUGCUCUCAGAAGUGCACCUGGGUCUUCAACCCGCCGCACGCCUCCAACAUGGGUGGAAGUUGGGAGCGCAUGAUAGGUACAGCGCGUCGUAUCCUGGAUUCAAUGUUGCUCCAAGCUGGAAGGUCAAAGGUCACUCAUGAAGUCCUAUGCACGUUCAUGGCUGAAGUCACUGCUAUAAUUAACUCCAGGCCAUUAAUACCAGUCUCCUCAGAUCCUGAAGCUCCACUGAUACUUACUCCUGCGAUGCUGCUCACGCAGAAGAGUGGUACUCCACCAGCUCCUCCUGCAGACGGCUCAGAAACCAGUCUGUUGAAGCAUCAGUGGAAGAGAGUACAGGCAUUAGCAGAGACAUUUUGGGCAAGAUGGAGGCGGGAGUACUUGAAUGUACUUCAAGCCAGGCAAAGGUGGCACGAAAGGAAACGGAACCUCAAGGAAGGAGAUAUAGUGUUAUUGAAAGACAGGCAAGCCAGAAGGAAUGAGUGGUCCAUUGGAAGGAUCAUGAAGACCUUUCCAAGUGAUGAUGGACUUGUCAGAAAAGUGGAUGUCAAUGUCGCAUCGCAUCAUCCGCCGAAGACUUACCUGAGACCUGUCUCUGACGUGGUCCUACUCCUAGAGGCAGAGACUGUUUAGGUUAAGGAGGUUUGGCAUCUAGUGAUGCCAGGCGGGGAGUGUGAUGCCACGGGGCACAUAUUUUGAAAAAGGCUUUUAUUUUGACACGGUAAUUUCUCUAAUUGUGGUAUGAUGUCACUUCCUGGGUGUAGCCACUUUUCAGUUGUUCAAGGUGAAGGACACAUAUCAGCUCAGCUCUUCUGAAACUUAUCUUUCUCUUUUGGUGUGGCAUUGCUAUUUUACCUUCUUUUCAAUAAAUCUCGCUAACUACAAGACCUGCCUCUUCCUUGGGGGAUUUUUUGGAGAGAUGAGUUUAGCUGGCUGUUGGCUUUAAGAAC